AACCCUGGGUUUAAGGCGCUUCACUUUUCAGACCCGGAGUUUUCUCCAGGGUUUCACAAACGAUUAGUUUUUUUCAUGACAUCUGUUAUGUACCACAUUAUUAACCUGAUUUAUCCUGCUGCAAAACAUAUCAGUUUUCCUCAAUGGCUAAAAUCUAAGAAAUGCUUUUAAAGUUUUUGCAUGUAAGAUUUUUCUAAGAUAUUGCUUUGCAGCUGACCGAAAAAAUACCCAAGAAGCUGUUCCUCAUUUGCAUACAAAUCAUGAAUAUUCUCUCAUUACCUCUGUUAUGCAUGUUCCUGACAGCGAGUCAAACGAGCCUGGGUGGGUGGGUGGGGUGUUGGUGAGACAAGGGUGGUGCUGGCAUCUGAUUUCCCCUCACACGUUACGGAAGUCUGGAUCACAUUUAAAACAUAUGGUACUGGUCUUCGGAUGUGUGCGGUUUGGCAACUCUGGAGGAAGAGAUACUGAUGGGGGAUUUAGCAGGCAAGGGACUUGAUCACUUGACAAACUGACACUAACAAAGAGACACGAACACACAAGAAAAUAAAAGGCGUGCUUUGUGGCAGCCAGACCAGCAGCAGUAGAGAGACAUAAGGGCAGACACCAAGACUUACUAGCUUCUUCAGCAUUAGCCCACAUCUCAGAGAAAGGAACUGUGUGGCUGCUUUUUGCACCUCAGGACCCUUUUUGCAUGGACAAACCAGAAGGGAAAUUUAACAUACAGAUACUGUAAGCACUAAAAUGAGCCGUUAAAGGAAGUUGGAAUAAUUUUUUUUUUUUUUUCCAGGUGGGAAUAUAAAGAGGAAACUCAAAGGAAUUUGUUCAGAUUCUCCAGCUGAAGUAUCUCACAGGCCUUCAAUCCAUUGUGACAUAAGAGAGUGCUGAUCCUUAAGAGAUUCUUGACUUUUUCUGAGGUGAUUUUAAGCUUCUGACUUCUAGUAGCUGCGUUAUUUAACUCGACACCUCCGGUCCUGCAUCAAAGCUUCCGCAGUAAGAGCUGGUCUGGGAAACUGAGUCAGAGGCAGCCAGCUCUACGUGGUUUCUGCCAGAAGGAAAAGGAGGCAAGUUCAUACAGCCGAGUGCUUCUCAGAGACCGCGAGCAGAGCCAAGGAAUAACUAAGAUGAAGAUGAAGCGAACUCUGUGCAGACUCUCCUGCUUGGUGACUCUGGUGGUGGAGCUGAGCUGGAUCAACGUGGGCCACGGCAUGCACAGAGAGGGAGGAAGUAGGGUAAUGAAGCAGUGGGAGAGGAAGGUGCGGUCAGCCUCCAGCUUGGAUGAGCUGCUGAGGCUCGCAGACUUUCCAGACUGGAAGUUGUGGAGGUGUCGUCUGAGACUGCAGCAGCCGGAGACCCUCUCUUCUCCGCCGUCAGUGGGCUCCCACCGCUCUACGCGCUACGCUGCCGAAUCUUACAGCCUGGAGAUACUUAAAGCCAUAGAUGAAGAGUGGCAGCGAACUCAGUGCAUGCCGAGGGAAACGUGUGUCGACGUGGCCAAGGAGCUGGGCACCGACCCCUCGAUGUUCUUCAAGCCCCCCUGUGUGUCCGUCCACAGGUGCAGUGGCUGCUGCAAUCAAGAGGGCGUCACCUGCAGAAACACAACUACUGUGUAUGUGAAUAAAACUGUCCUUGGUGUGAUUCCAUUUAAGUUUGUACCAGAGCCCGUGCUAUUAAAAGUAGCUAACCAUACAGAGUGCAGGUGCAUGGAGCCCGCCAUAAUACGACGUAAUGCUCAACCUCACAGGGGCAGUGGCUGCUCUCCGAUGGUCCAGCUGUCAGAGGCAGAGGACUCCAGGAGACUUUGUGCCAGUGGUUUGAUUUGGGAUUGUUCAACUGACAGAUGCAUACCUUACCCUUCCAGUUCUCCAGAGUUUCCACUCGGUUCAUGGAUGCCCGACUGUGAGAUAGACGUUGAGCGCUGUGACUGUCUCCCUCGACCUGCACCGACUCUGCAGCCAAGACCGAUCCAGCGCUGUCGACUCAACUCCUCCAUCUGUGCCCACAAGCAACGUUUUGAUCAAGCCUCCUGCAGAUGCAAACGGCCCAAUUAGAAGUCCACCGGGGAAAUAAAUUACGACAACCUGCUUGCCAAGGAUGUUUGGAGGCAGAUAGAAAAGGCUCAUAAUUUAUUUACAGUCCUAUUUAUGGUGAUCACUUUAUCGAAUUAAGAUGAUAUUAACUCACAUGACCAUGUUAAUUGAUUGUUUAACAUGCUUCCCCUAUGUUUCAAUCCAUAUGUAAAAUUAAUGAUUUGUACAUUUGUUCUUUGUGCACUGAAUAUGUAGUUUACAUUAAACGAUUAUUUUUAUAAUUUGAGUUUGUGAUGAGAUACUGGAUCGUUGCUUACUGUAACUUCUGAUGGAAUAUUCCACUAAUUGUUAAUUGUCACUUAUUUCCUGUUGUUAAUCAAAAAGCUGUAAGCUUUAGAGGGUGCAAGAUAACACAACUUUUGAGAAGUUUUAAAACUUCUUGCAUUCUCCAGGGGCAACACGGGCUGCUGAAUUCUGUCACAGAAAAUGAAGGUGAUGAUACUCAAUAAGUCAAGUCUUCAUAAAAAAGCACAAGCGUAAUGUAACCUGCUGAUUUUCUAGUUCCUUGGAUUUCAUCUUCAUACAGACUCUAUAAAAAUAUUCACCUUCCUUGGAUGUUUUUUAUGUUUUAUUGUUUUACAACCUCAAAUCAAAAUGGAUUUAUUGGAUUUUUUGUGACUCUGAUCCGACAGAAAAAGAUCUCUCAAUGUCAAAGUAAAGAUUUCUACAGAUCUAAAUUCAUUACAAAUGUAAAACACUGUUUACAUGCAGUAUUUACAUACUGUUAUACUUUUGCAAAGCAUUUUUGAGAACUUUGAAAAGCAUUAUACAAACCUGAUGCAAUAUCAUUGUUGUUACUGUAAUUAUUAUUAUGCAUCCUCUUUAAUAGCACACAAAUACAUCCCUGGGGCGGUGAGUUUGUCACAUAACUCAUUUAAUGGAGGGUAGAGGGUAAAAUAAAGGCACCAAAAGCUAAAAUUCUGCAAGAAACCUGCAACUUUGGAGCAUAUUUGUUUUCCAGCAAAACAAUGAGCCCAAAAAUAGAAGUGUCAGGAGUUAAAAACAACAGUGAUAAUGUCCUUGAGUCAGAGGUCUCAAUCCAAUUCAGAAUAUGUGAAGAAGGCUCUUCACUGAAAAUCCCAAUGCAAUCCGACGGAGCUUGAACAGUUUUGCAGAAAAUGGUGGGAAAGAGUCCACAUGUAACACAUCUCAUGGCUGUAACUGCUGUCCAAUACUGUUGCUAACAAGUAUUUUAUAUUUGUCAUUAAUUUAGAUCACUUAGAGAUAUGUCCAAAAAGCCAUAUUCAAUUUUUUAUUCCAUGUUGGAAGACAGUAAAACAUACUUUUACACAUUGUACAAGGAACUGAUUUGGCUGACAUGAGAUCUUUUGCAUUGGAUUCUGUUCAGUAGGUUUUUGUCUGUUAGCUGGUGGCAGAGAAGCUUGAAAUCUAUGCCUGUGAAUAUGGCUUCUCAUAAAACAGGUGCUUCAGUUGUAAAUGUGCUUCAUUUACUGUUGCUUAGUGAACAUAUUGAUUUCCAUUCUGGUAUUCUUUUUUUUUUCUUUUUUUUCCUAGAUAGUGCUGCUGAUCUAUAAAAUGCAAACAUUGGAGCGCACAGUAUGUUCUCCCUCCUUUUGUUAUCUUGGCUACAUGAUGCUUUGAUGUCAUCUCUCAGCGCUCAUAUACAUUAUGAUAAUUAUAAUAAAGGUGCUUGACAGUAAAAAGCUCCUCUGUGCUUGAUCUAAUAGCACCAUCAAACGGCAUUAGUGCUCCUCUGUAGUGACAGCCCUGGCCAACUCAUCGACUGAUCCUACCCUAUAUUAGAACAAAACUUAUAUAUAUAUUUCAUACUAAAAUGUUAGUAAUUGGACCCUUCAUAUUCCAGAUUAUAUGUUGACACCAAAUACUAACCAGGCCUGAAGUUCCAAGGAGUUUUUUCUCCCCCUUGCUGCACUCUGUGUACUGCUGUCUCCUCACUGUUACUUGGAGUACAAACAUUACAACUUAACUGUUUCUUCACUGUUGCAAAAACGAGAGAAUGUGUUUAUAGUUCCCUGAAUACCAAAGAUCAAAAUGACACAUGACUCGCUUUGUUAUUGCCAAAGAUGCUCUAAUGUCACCAAUUAUAAGUUCUGCAUGAAUUUCCCAUGAGGCGACAUUGACAUCAACUGUGGAAUAACCACGAUGACAUUUCAGUCCACUGAUGUCCUCUGACCGCACAGACGCUUUGCCUUCGGUUGCUUCCUGUUAAAACAGGAGGGGCAAACCCGAAUGGAUCAAUACACCGGUGAGUGAAAAGACACGACACCUUCACACAACACUGACCUUCAGAGUGACAGUGGGGUGAGGUGUUUUUAUAUUCAGAGAUGCUCGAAUGCAUUAAGAUGGAAGGAUGUGACUGAAGCCACUUAUGGAGAUCCAACUUCACACCAUUCCAUAGGUGCGAAUCCCACCUUUCUGUGUAGGCUUUAUAUCACUUUAACAAGUUAGAGAGAGAGAAAAGUCACAUGAAUGUAAACAACAGAUAUAGAAAAGAAUAAACUUUAUUGUGAGCUGGAGCAGAACAUUGUCUCUGGUCUCACCCAGGAAAAUAACAACACUAAACAUGUCCACAAGAUAAAAACAUCACAGUAACAGAACACAGAUUUACUGUUUACUUGCUUUACCAUGUUGCUGUUUUCACAUAUUUUUAUUUGUAAGUGAUCAAUAGAUUUGUAAGAGCUACACUCGAACGCAGAGUGCCCCUGGGAUAAAUGCUUUUUCUUUUUUUCUUUAUUUACAUUUCUUAAUAUGUUCAUUUAUGUUUAUUUUAAUUUUAUUUAUUUAUUGCAGGAUUCCUGUCGGACUUUUUGAGUGGGAUCUCAAACACACGUGCCAAUGUGCUUAUAUUGCUCUUGAUUUGAUUCAUUCCUUGAAUUAAAAAUACAAGAACUAAUCCUUAUUUACGUUCCAGACUUUCCACAGAAUUCGCCUGACUAUAAAGAUGACAUGUUGAGUAGAUAGUUGAGACCAUGCUGGACAGAAAUUUGGCACGGCACUUACACCACAAUUAAACAAACGCUAUCCAGACUGAA